UACGUACGCCGGAGCUGAUGGCUGGCUGAAGCUAGCUAGUUAGCUGGAUAGGUGAAGCUCAAGGCGACGAAUGCGAACUGAGCUGUGCCUGUACUGUGCUGUGGCGCUGAUGAUCUGAUGCAUUAUUCUUCAUCUGCAAAAUCGCAAAGUCAAAAGAGAAUCCAAUAUGACCCAAGCUCUUUGAGAAUUAAGUCUACCAAAAUGGCUGCCAUCAGUUUGAGAUCCCAAUCUCUAUCCCUGUAUAAAAGCUUACUGAGAACAGCUCUGAAAUGGGAGGCCAGCUCUGGAGUACUCAGUGACACCAAAUCCGAGAGGGAAUACAUCAAGACUGAAACCAAAGAACUCUUCAGGAAAAAUAGACAACUGACAGAUGUUGAGGAGAUCAAACUUUGCAUUCAAGAAGGAGAGUCCAGACUAACCAUGGCUUUGCAUUACAGGACACCAUACCCCAGGCCUGUGAACAUUCCUUAUGGUGGACUGCCUCCCUCUAUGAGCAAAGACAAGAAAGCCCAAGUUAGGCUACGCAAGCAGGCUAAGCCAGUCUACAUGAAAUCACAUGAUGAAUACUGAUCAAAUUAUUGAAGGACACAAUGAAAAUGGACGAGAAAUUAGGAUUUAUGUACAUGUCUGAAGAAAUGGAAUCAUCUUUUUUGUAUGUAUGAAAUCUUUGAUUAUUUUGUCUAUGAGGUGUGCGAAGCGUAGAGAGUUCACGCAGGCAGGAAUUGCUCUAUGUGCUGUCAAGUUGAAAAUGCUGUAAAGCAUACAGGAAGUAUGUAUUGCUCUAACAUGCGCAUGACUGUAUCCUGCGGAUGUGAACAUUUCCUCCAUUGUAUAUGGAUUUUAACUUGUUCAAUACUGAGCCUCAGAUAGCUAUGAAAAGUGUUGGUGGUACCUAAACUAAACCAUACUCAGUGGGUUAAGAUCUUUACACCUUCCCCUUCUAAAUAUUCCUCAUUGCUUUGACUUUAUGAUGAUGCUAAUCUGCAAGUCAGCCCAUACAAUUUACAAAGUUUGAUGAGAGGUGUACAAAUUUUAUUGAACAUUGUGUGCGCUCUGCAUGUAUGAAAGAGUGGUCUCAUUUUAUUGUUUUGAUGAUGUCAUUGGAAAUCAAGAUAUCUUUACCAUAUGAAGGAAAUCCAUUGUGUGCUACAAAUGUUCCACUUCUGCACUGUGUCAACUUGUAGUUAUGACUCAUGAACAAUACUAAAAAUAAGAUAUAUUUCCAACACACCUAAUACAUUUCUUGAUGCCUUAGUGCUGUUGUCCUUGCACUGAAUUAUUAAGCACAGCAUUGCCCUUGUGUCCAAUAGAGAGCUAGGACAACAUUAAAUCCCAUGGUAUAUUUUUGAAGAUCUUACCUUAAAAUUAUAGAUGAAAAUGUAAGAUGGAUUUAUACUGAGUAUCAAGAGAAGUCUUGCAUAUUUGCGAUCAUUGUGCAGUUGUGCUUUCAUCCAAUCGUCCAAGAAUCUUUCUACCAUGUAAACUGUAUCAAAAUCUCAAAUUGUGAAUUAUCUUAUGCUAUAAUGUUAUCUGUUAAUGUCUCUGCACUUGUAGCCAAUAGAGAGCUAGGACAACAGUAAAUGUUACAAAAUACUUUUGAAGAUCUUACUUACAAUUAUAGAUGAACAUGUAAGAUGGAUUAAUACUGAGCAUCAGGAAAGGUCUUGCAGGUUUGGGAUCAUUGUGCAGUUGUGCUUUCAGCGGUAGACAAAGUGUCUUUUGUAUUACUCUUAUUUCCUUUCUACAUGUACAUGUACCUUGGCAUGGUAUUCCACAAUAUUAUUUCUAGCUUUUAGGGUGGAGGUUGGUGUCUCCAGAUUUUCUCCUAUUUGUGAAAUUGUAUAAUCUCAUGAAUUAUGAAUGGAUCGAUGAAAAAGCAGUAAUUCUUAAAAAAAUUCCUACCCACUUGUGGAUAAUGCAAUAUUAGAGGAAAUAAAUUUUUCAGAAACAAGGCAACACAUAAAAUCAUCCUAGAAUGUUUCUACCAUGUUCAGAAGUUUUAAACUGUAUCAAAAUCUCAAAUUCUGAAUUAUCUUAUGUUAUAACAUUGUUUGUUAAUGCCUCUGAAAAAAAACUUACAUGUUAUAAUUAUUAUUAAAAGAAGAUUACAAUUUUAAAUGAUUA